AUGGGUGCCUGCUAUUCGUGUCUCGGGCUGCGGAACAAGGACACAUACGACGAGCAGGAGGAGAAUAGACUACUAUACGACGACGACGUUACCAUGCAUUACGGCAGCUUCGCGGAAGGUCACGGCGGUGACGAGUCUAUUGAAGCCCAACGUGAGAAUGAGGCUCUGCAGCAAGUAGUUGCAAAGACAUCAAGCAACAUGGUUGACAUAUUCGAGAUUGCGCCACAACAGCCCAACGCAGGAUCGGCCGCUGGAUUCGGUUACGCAGGACACGGCGGCCGAGUUGCGCGCUAUCAGCACCUUGUAUCAAAACUGUCAUCAGAAGAAGUCGACCAACCCGCUGGCAUCAAAAUCGACUGGUUCACAGAAGACGACUCGCAACACGAACGCCCCAUGAGCCUCAAGACAUUAGACCACGACGAGGGUGCGCUCGUCGGAACUUUCGCGGACGCAGCAGCGGCGAUGGAUUAA